UUAAAGAGUAAAAUGACUUCAUUUCGCGUGCCACAAAGCAAAUAUCGGCACGUAUUUUCGACAAGUCUUAAACGAGAGCUAUGUUACGAAGACUUCAGAUACUCAACAAGCUCUUGUGACAAUCCGCUAUGUGCUGCCAACCCGAAGUUUCUUGCAUUUUGCAUCGACUGUGGCGGGGGAGGAGCGUUUCAGGCUAUUCCUUUGAGCAAGAAUGGUCGACUCAGCGCUGCGUAUCCUCGUUUCGACGCACACAGCGGAGACAUCCUUGAUAUCCAAUUCAAUCCCUUUGAUGAUAACAUGGUGGCCACGUGUUCAGACGACACAACUGUCAAAGUUUGGGAAAUUCCCGAGGGAGAAAUGACACACUCUAUUGAGAUUCCCUUCAGAGAAUUGAAUGGCCAUCAGAAGAAGGUCCACAUCAUUGAGUGGCACCCAUCCGCCGCUAAUGUUUUACUCUCUGCCGGUGGGGACAAUCUUGUUCUGAUCUGGAAUGUACUCAAUGAAGAGGCCAUGUUCCAUGUGGAAGUACCAGAACAGCUGUUCUGUGUAAGCUGGAGCUGGAACGGAAAAUACUUCGCAACAUCCUCUAAAGACCUCUUCAUCAGGUUAUACGAUCCAAGAAAGGAACCAGGACAGCAAAUGAUCCAGAUUACAUCAGACAAAGCACACGAGGGCAAAAAACAGAUGCAAAUCAAGUGUCUGAAAAAUGAUCGAUUGGUAAGUACUGGAUUUGGUAAACAGUCUGUUCGACAGUACGCACUCUGGAGCAUAUCGACAGAGGCUGGCCAACCGACAUUGGAAUCUGGAGCUCUCAUGGAAGAAGAACUGGACCAGACUAGUGGAGUUCUCUUCAUAAUUUAUGAUCCAGAUUCGAAUAUGAUUUACCUUGUGGGAAGAGGAGACACCACAAUUAGACUGUACGAAGUGAAGAGCAAUGACAUUGUGUAUCUGAAUUUGCAGAAUUACCCACAACCACACAAAGGAGUUGCAUCUCUGCCUAAGAGAGGAUUGAACAUUAUGAGCUGUGAGAUCAUGCGAUUCUACAGGGUGUUGCCAAACAAGAACAUGAUUGAAGUGGUGAGUUGGACAGUGCCGAGGAAAAGUGACAUGUUCCAGGCUGAUCUCUAUCCAGACACGGCUGCCAACAGACCGGCCAUAGAGGCGGAUGAGUGGCAGACCGGAGUGGACGCAGACCCCAUCAUGGCUCCAGUCCAAUCUUUAGUGGAAUCACCCGAGGAUAAGAAGAAGUCGAAACCUGGAGGAGGGGAGCAGUCUGCUAUGAGCAGGGCAGAAAUGAUUGCAGCCAGAGCACAAGCCAGAGUGCAGCAGGCAGCAGAUGAGAAGUAUGGACAAAGUGGCGGAGGUGGACAGUCGAAGAUGAGUCGAUAUGAUCGAGAGCGGGAGGCGGCUGGUCUGUUGCCUCAAGCAGGAAGCAGUAGCAAUGGGCACAGCGGGGGAUCAUCUGAUAAAGGGGGAGAAGGCGACGGAAGAGAAGGACAAAGUGGAAAACACAUUGCACAGCUAGUGGAUGAAAUGAGGAAACUAACUCUGGUAGUGAAGGCUCACGAGGCCAGAAUCAAACAGCUGGAGGAACAGCUGGAACAAGCACAGCAGAACAACCAAGGUGGUAACAACAACAACAACAGCAGCAGACAGGAACUGAACAAUGAGCUGGACGAAUUGGCUAUUAAGAAUGGAAUUGCACACUGAUCGCUGAUGAUGAUGUUGACAGUUAUCAAGCACACGAAAAGAAGCAGGCGUUUGAAAAACAAGUCAGUUGAAUGUCACUUGAGUUAAUUCCAAUUUGAGAAAGAGUCUUGAACAGCAAAGAAACCAUUGAAAAGUAAUCGUAUUUACACUCCUAUGAGCAGUUUGACUAUAUUUAUCAACAAGAAGAAAUAAUUGUUAAUGUAAUGGAUUUGGAUGUCUCUGAUGCCUUGACAAAACCAAAGUGACUUCUUAAUUUUUCAACCUUCAGCUGUAUGUCAAUGUUGGCGUCUGUCUCGUUUCGCAUGCCGGUCUUAAUUCGUGAGUUUGAGUCGCAUUUUAUUGAGUGAUUGUAAUUGGUCGGAAUUCCAGUCUUUGUAACUUGCUCAGCGGCGCUUUCGCCGGUCUUUUGUAGUGUAAUUUUUUAAUUUAUAAGUGUUUUCUCUCCGAUUUACAAACAACCAACAGAAAAGAUGCAAUAAAUUGUUGCGUGUCAUCAGGUAUGCUCAUGUUUUUCGAGCGCAUUAGUUUAUGAUGGCUGCUUUUGAUAUCCAUGAAUUGCAAUGCACUUGUGCUCAGUCAAUGUUAUUCAGUACAAUUACAACAAACAAUCGCUGGCUUAAUUUAUUUUGUCAUAGAUAUUUUUAAUUUUUGUAAAGUCAAUUUAGUAAACCCUACUCUUAUAAUGUAUUAAAUUUAAUUUCAUAUGAAUGUCCUUUCCUCACACGCCAUUUUGGCUGGUCAAGUUUUGAAUGCAAUCAAGUUAUGAGAUGAAGUUAUGAACUACCUGAAAUUAUGAGAUGAAUCAGUGUUUGCAGUGUUAAACAAAAAAAUAUUAGGAGAAAUUUAGCACCUGUCUUUUCCUGCUUCUUAGCUCUCGUUUUCCCCCUUAAUGAGUGCUUGAUGACCUGACCUGACCUCUUAGUUUCUGUGCUAUUAUAGAGAGAUGUAAAAGUUUGGACAGACAAAAUGAAUUUAAGAAAGAGCUAGCUGCAGUUUUGAACGGAAAAUUGAAUUUUCAUUGGCUUUGACAUUGAGUGUGUCUGCAAAACUAGCUUUUAAUGCUACCUUUUUCAGAAAUAGGGUCAUUGCUUUUGUUAAUUAGUUUGUCUUAACUUUUACAACUUAUCAAACUGCCAAACUUGAAGGUCAAGUGUUGUGCUGUACUGUGCUGCAUCCAUUCCCAAUUCUCUCACCCUCCCCCCAUGCUUUUCAAGAUCCACCCUCACCCCAAGUUUCACAAUCAAAUCUGGUCAAAUUUAUCUUUUUUAUUUGUAACCAACUCGCUCGCUUUCUGAUUUGGAUGUUUUAACGCAAGUAGUGUUUGUGCAGUAGAUAGAAUGAAACACACAAAAAGUAAUUUGACCGGACGACCUUGAAUGUAUUAAGACCAUCAAAUAAGACCCGUCCCCUUUUUCUAUAAAAAUGAAUGGAUAAAAAUUAGUUACUUCGCUACUUCACCUAAAACAGUGAACGACAUUAAUAUAAGUAUUCCAUUUCCUC